CGGGAACUGAUCCGCGGCUUCCUGCGGCGCGGCGCGGGCGGCGCCUACUUCGACCCCUGCCCGCUCUUCACCGUGGCCAACGCCAACGUGAUCUGCGCCCUGUGCUUCGGCCAGCGCUACGGGCACGACGACGGCGAGUUCCGGGCGCUGCUGGGCCGCAACGACAAGUUCGGGCAGACGGUGGGGGCGGGCAGCCUGGUGGACGUGCUGCCCUGGCUGCAGCGCUUCCCCAACCCCGUGCGCAGCGUCUUCCGCGACUUCCAGGCGCUCAACCAGGAGCUGCACGACUUCGUCAAGGCCAAGGUGGCCCAGCACCGGCGCACCUACGACCCGGGGCUCACCCGCGACAUCAGCGACGCCGCCAUCGGCCAGAUCGAGCAGGGCGACCUGCAGGGCUUCCGCAUCCCCAAGGACACGGUGGUCUUCGUCAACCAGUGGUCGGUCAACCACGACCGGCACAAGUGGAAGGACCCGCAUGUCUUCGACCCGGCCCGCUUCCUGGACCAGGAGCAGAAGCUGGACCGGGACCUGACGUGCGGCGUCAUGAUCUUCUCCAUCGGCCAGAGGCGGUGCAUCGGCGACCAGCUUUCCAAGCUCCAGAUCUUCCUCUUCACCGCCAUCCUCCUGCACCAGUGCAUCUUCGAGUCCAACCCGGCCGAGCGGCUCUCCAUGGACUGCGUGCACGGGCUGGCGCUCAAGCCCCUGCCCUUCACCGUCUCUGUGAAAAGAAGAGACGCCCCCCAGGGCUGCCUGCCCGCCGAUGCCCUGUGAAGAACCACCCUCCUCCCCAGCCCUCGGGGUGCUGCGCGGGGCUCGCCAGCGGCGCCCCCCUCGCUGCGCCUAUAGCCAGUGCCAGCGGGAGCGCGCUCCGCAUAGCUUUAGGUAGGCUCGGCGCUUGCUCGAGGCGUUUUCUCCCCCGCGCAGGGCAGUUACUCCCCUUCCCGGGAAAGUCGGAAGCCCCUUGGGGUGAAUUUCUGUCCACUCCAGCCAGGAGGAGGGAACAGAGACUCCGGCUCCGAGCUCCUGGACAGCGAUCCUUUCUGCCCACUGCUCCCCACUUGCCUGCUUGCGCCGGGAGUUCAGCCCCGACUCCCAAGCAGCUUCAGUCCGUUUGGGAUUGGUGGAGCCAGGGGCGCGGUAGUCACGCUCCUGCCUUCCUUUUGGCGGGUCGCGAGGCGCAGCGAUUCUCGCCCUCUAGAGAUCGGACGCAUCCGCUAUCCCGCAAGGGGCAAGGGGAAAGCUGACCCGGCGUGUGUGUGGCCGGGGUCUGAGGCAAGACGGACGGAGUGGCUGAAAAGAAGCGCUGUCUCUGCGAACCGCCCGCGUUACUGACACAGACGGGGCUGCGCGCUCGCACUGUCCCCUGUACGGUGCCCGUGGGAGUGUCAAGCACCCGGCUAGAGCUGCCUCCGCAAACCUACCAGCGGGCAGUCGGGCGCUCACUCGCAUUCCCAUUGGGGCAGCGAGCUCGUUCCCCCGGCCCUGCAGUCUACAGUGGAAUUCGGCCGGGUAUGAAAUGGUUGGGACCAUUUGCCGGGAGCCUCGCCCGAAGUCGUGUUCGGACACGGUUGUGUGGAAGAGAAUGGGCUUCAAGUAAGCACUCCAUUCCUGGUGACAAGUGAAAAGUAGGAGGUACACAAGUGACUCACCUUCUUCAACUCACGCCAGGGUCUGUAAGAACUUUGUUCCAUCUUGCCCUGUGUUCUAUGCAAGCUAGACUUAAAAAUGUAUUUGUAACCAUUUUUAAUCACUUAAUCUGUGCUGUGAGGCACUGUAUAAACACAGAACAAAAAAACAGUCCCUAUCCCAGGAACUUAAAAUGUAAGGAUAAAGUUCAGAAAGAAUCUUUAAAACCUCUGAAAAGGACCCAAAAAAGCUUUUUCUGUGUGUAAGUGUCAUUAUGUUAAAGUUGGAUGCUUUGGCCCUUCCUGGUGCUGAUCAUUCUCCCAAUUCUGUUAAUGACUGAAACCCUCAGGCAGACCUGCCUACCCUACAACUCCUCAUUGGUGCAGGCAGCUCCCCAUCCUCCCACAAGAUGUCUCCAUCCUUUCUAACUGUCCAGGGGCAUGUCUACACUAGGAUACUAUUUUGAAAUAAAUACAUUCGACUUAACUCCUGAUCUUACAAAAUCAAAAUAGCAUGUCCUCAUUUCAGGGAACUAGUCUGAGGCAGGCUCCCUUAAUGAGAAUGCGCUACCUUAAUGUAGAGCCCCAAGAAGCACUGGGGAGUAAUUAGUUCAAAUUACUCUGGUGAGUAAUUAUUUCAGUUAGCAGCACCGGAGCUAUUCAAAAUAAUUUCAAAAUAAUAAUUAUUAUGAGUGUUAUUCACCAAGAAAAGCAGGAGUACAGGUUUUGAAA